CAUUCCGCGCUCCAUGAAUAAGAAAUACCCGAUCAAAGCGUAGAUAUCCAGAAGAACAUAAAGUUGAGAAAUUAGAUGCUACAGAAUCACGAACACUUUUUACGCUAUGGCAGCAGGACCAGUUUCUGAAAGAAACCAAGAUGCCACGAUUUAUGUCGGUGGCUUGGAUGAAAAAGUGACGGAGCCGCUCCUAUGGGAACUAUUUGUACAGGGAGGUCCCGUGGUUAAUGUUCAUAUGCCCAAGGAUCGCAUUACAUUGCUACACCAAGGAUAUGGAUUUAUAGAAUUCCUAAGUGAAGAUGAUGCAGACUAUGCAUGUAAAAUCAUGAAUAUGAUUAAGCUCUAUGGCAAGCCUAUACGAGUAAACAAAGCAUCAGCACACCAGAAGAAUUUGGAUGUAGGAGCAAAUAUUUUCAUUGGAAAUUUAGACCCUGAAGUUGAUGAGAAGCUUUUGUAUGACACCUUUUCUGCGUUUGGUGUCAUCCUCCAAACCCCAAAGAUUAUGCGUGAUCCCACUACUGGGAAUUCAAAGGGCUUUGCCUUCAUCAACUUUGCCAGUUUCGAUGCAUCUGAUGCAGCCAUCGAAGCCAUGAAUGGGCAGUAUUUGUGCAAUAGACCUAUUACAAUUUCAUAUGCCUUUAAGAAAGAUUCUAAAGGUGAGCGCCAUGGAUCUGCUGCUGAAAGACUAUUAGCUGCACAGAAUCCUCUUGCGCAAACGGAUCGCCCACAUCAACUUUUUGCUGAUGCUCCUCCAAUGCCUCCUCAAAUGCCUUCCAUGGGAAUUGCCACCGGGAUGCCCCCACCGCCGCCACCUCCAUUGCAGGGACUGUCGAUGGCUAUGCCACCACCACCCCCACCUCCACCUUCCUGGGCACCUCCACCACCGCCUCCUCCGUCUUCGGCUUUUGUUCCCCUUCCACCUCCAAUCCCACCGCCUCCGUCGUGGGCGCCUCCACCGCCGCCACCAUCUACUGGAUUUGUGCCAAUGCCACCACCUCCAGCUUAACGUUAUUAACUCAUGUAUUGUGUGGGUACGACCAAAUGGCGUACGCUGUAAGAAAAUAAUACAUCAUUUCUUUUCCACGUUUGAAUUUCCAAA